UCUCCGCCUCCUUCUCCUCCUCCUGCUCCUCUUUCUCGUCCUCCUUCUCCUGCUCCUCCUCCUGCUCCUCCUCGCUCAGACGUGCAGAGCGAAGUGGGGGAGAAACCGUACGCGUGUGACGUGUGCGAGUACAGUACGUGCUCCCGCUACAAGCUGAAGACUCACAUGCAAACGCACACGGGAGAGAAACCGUACGUGUGUGAGACAUGCGGGUAUCGGAGCGCUCAGCUCAGUGGCUUACAGGCGCACGCGCGCACGCACACGGGAGAGAAACCGUACGCGUGCGAUGUAUGCGAGUACAGGAGUUCUCAGCUGGCGAGUCUCCAGAUCCACGUGCGCACGCACACGGGAGAGAAACCGUACGCUUACCAUGUAUGCGAGUACAGGAGUUCUCAGAUGGCGAGUUUCCAGAUCCAGAAACCAUACGCGUGCGACAUAUGCGGUUACACCUGCACCACCUCCAGCGACCUCAAAAAGCACUUUCUCACGCACAGGGGAGAGAAACCGUACUCGUGCGAUAUAUGCGGCUCCGCCUACACCUGCUCCAGCAACCUGAAGACGCACUUUCUCACGCACACGGGCGAGAAACCUUAUGCGUGUGAUGCGUGCGAAUAUAGAACUUACUCUCGCGACAGCCUGAAAAAGCACAUGCGAACGCACACGCGAGAGAAACCGUACUCGUGCGACAUAUGCGGCUCCGCCUACGCCACCUCCAGGAACCUCAAGAUGCACUUUCUCACGCACACGGGCGAGAAACCUUACGCGUGUGAUGCGUGCGAGUACAGGACUUGCUACCACAGCAGCCUGAAAAAGCACAUGCGAACGCACACGGGAGAGAAACCGUACGCGUGUGAGACAUGUGGGCAUCGGAGCUCUCAGCUCAGUGGCUUACAGGCGCACGCACGCACGCACACGGGAGAGAAACCGUACGCGUGCGAUGUAUGCGAGUACAGGAGUUCUCAACUGGCGAGUCUCCAGAUCCACGUGCGCACGCACACCGGAGAGAAACCGUACGCAUGCGACAUAUGCGGCUCCGCCUACACCUGCUCCAGCAGCCUCAAGACGCACCUUCUCACGCACACGGGCGAGAAACCUUACGCGUGUGACGCGUGCGAGUACACGACUUGCUCUCGCGACAGCCUGAAAAAGCACAUGCGAACGCACACGGGAGAGAAACCGUAUGCGUGCGAUGUAUGCGAGUACAGGAGUUCUCAGCUGGCUAGUCUCCAGAGACACGCGCUCACGCACACGGGAGAGAAACCGUACACGUGCGACAUAUGCGGCUCUGCCUACACCACCUCCAGCAGCCUCAAGAAGCACUUUCUCACGCACACGGGAGAGAAACCUUACGCGUGCGAUGUAUGCGAGUACAGGACUUGCUCUCGCGACAGCCUGAAAAGGCACGCGCGCACGCACACGGGAGAGAAACCGUACGCGUGCGAUGUAUGUGAGUACAGGUGUUCGCGGCCGGCGAGUCUCCAGAGCCACGCGCGCACGCACACGGGAGAGAAACCGUACGCGUGCGAUGUAUGUGAGUACAGGUGUUCGCAGCUGGGGAAUCUCCAGAGCCACGCGCGCACGCACUCGCACCAAAGAAAGGCCAUGUACAAGCAAUCGGGAGUGAUGUGAUGGACGGUUCUGCGGGUUAAACAGCUAAUUCGUCAGACGUUAAACGUGUGGAUACGGAUGCACUCUCUCCAGUAGACUCCAGUGACGUACACUCAGGCUUGUAUAAGAGAAGAAAUGCUGAAAGGAGAUGUGCAUGCAAUCAGGGAUGAUGUAAAUGACUUUCUACCGAUUAAACAGUUAAUAAGGCAGUUCGUAGUUACGCACUGGAGCCCUAUGACGUCAUCGGGUCAUAGGUCAUUUGUACAUAGCUGAAACGUUGGAU